AUGAACGAACAGCCAGUUGGUCCGAUCACACCGUCAGGCACUGCGUCCGCACCCUCUCGUGGGUCCCUUGACGGACGUUACACUUCUCUUAUCCCGUUGGAGCCAUCUCAUGCCGAUCCAAGCUGGAAACACCUUGGCGGCGAGGAAAACGGUCAUCUUUGGACCUAUAUGUUUGGAGGACCUUACCUUGAUCAACAACAAUGGAGAGAGACUGUUGAGGGAUUCAGCAAGACUGAGGAUCCGUUCUUCUAUACUGUUCUCUCUGGCCCACGCGAUGAUCCCAAGUCUGAGCCUGUUGGGCAAAUGUCAUAUCUCAACAUCGUUCCAAGUCAUCGAAGGAUUGAAAUUGGCAGUAUCAUCUUUGGUACUCAGUUGAAACAGACACGCGCUGCCACUGAGGCCUUUUAUCUGAUCAUCAAGCACGCCUUUGAGGAUCUUGGAUACUUAAGAGUCGAGUGGAAAGCCAAUCAUCUUAACAAACCCAGUCUUGCAGCUGCUGAACGAUUAGGCUUUGUUUUUGAGGGUAUCUUCAGAAAGCAUAUGAUUAUCAAGGGAAGACGUCGAGAUACUGCUUGGCUCAGCAUUACCGACGACGAGUGGCCUCUUGUGAAGAAGGCGUUUGAGGCUUGGCUUAGUGAAAGCAAUUUUGAUACAAAGGGAAAGCAGAUCAAGUCUUUGAAGGACAUAAGACAAGCCUUCACAAAGGACUAG